AUGAGCAGGUUGUGUUUGGCGACUUUUCGCAGCCUGCGCGGUCCUUGGUACCCAGGGCAACGACUUAGCCGUCGCACGGGAUUCGAUAUUCCGGGUAAUCUGCGGCCGAAGGACACGCCACAGAUAGUUGUUUUCACCAUUGACGAUCCGGUGAAUGACAGAAUGUUCAAUAUAUACAAAGAUAUUUUCGGCGGCUCCGUCAAGAACAGAAACGGCUGCCCAAUCACGGCCACGUUCUUCGUACCCCAGGAAUACAACCGCUACGACCAGUGCCAGUGGCUGUAUUGGAAAGGAAACGAACUGGCAGUCAACUCCAUUACACACGAAACUCUGUCGUCAGCCAGCGUCACGCGAUGGUCAGAUGAAAUGGCCGGCAUGAAGCGUCUGCUUAGCCAAUUGAGUGGAAUCCACGUGGCGGAUAUAAAGGGGGUCAGAGCCCCACAGCUAGACAUUGGAGGCAACGAGCAGUUCAUCAUGAUGCAACAAGACGGUUUCAUGUACGACAACAGCAUGUCGGCCAAUCCCGGACCGACGGGACCCGUUUACUGGCCUCAGACACUGGACUACAAAAUCGCAUGGAAAUGUGAAGUGCCGCGGUGCCCAAACGCAUCAUUUCCCGGGAUAUGGGCUGUGCCUAUCAAUCAACUGUACGGCUGUUUCCUCAAAUGCGCUAAGGAUCACAGACGCGCCGCUAUGGUCCGCGGACUUAUGAGGGCAGAUAAUACUGUUGAAGACGUCUAUCGUAUCUUGAUCAACAACUUCAAUCGUCACUACGAAUCGAACCGUGCUCCGUUCAUUGUAACAUUGAACGUUGACUUCUUCCUGCUGCUUCCUCAACAAGCAUCUGUUAAGGCCUUGGAAUCUUUUUUGACGGAAAUACUUCACAAGGAAGAUGUAUGGGUCGUUGACAUGCAAAAAAUGUUAGAAUGGAUACGACAUCCGGUGCCUGUGUCGCAGAUUUCCCAGUUCAAGCCAUGGUCGUGUGACACCCGCUUCCGAGAUGAUGCCGCUCCUUGUCAGGUACGUAUGCCAGAUUGCCUCAUGCUCUGA